GGCUCGAAUUGUUCUGUAGAGCAUCAGUAUCGUCUAGCUAAGUAGCAAAGACACUUCAAUAAUAAUAAUUAUUAUUCUUUUUGAGUUUAAAUAAUCAACAGAUUAAAGUUUAAGCAUAAAAAUAACAAUGAAGUUUGUAUUAAUUGGAUUAUUAGUCGCAUUAGUUUACGUUGAGGCUCAAUCGUUUGUUCCAAGACCAGGAAAUGGAGUUCCUAGGCCGCCAAUAAAUUAUCCGAUACCACCAUUCAAUCCUGGACCUCCCAGAUGGCCAUCUGGCUACAGAUUCCGUCGCUCACCUCAAGGAGAAGUCGACGCGUCGGUAGUUAAACCUGGAGAGGGACCAGCACAAGUUAAUUUGGAUUACAAUCAGAAACUUUUCACCGAUGACACAUCGAGUCUCAGCGCCCAUGGACGAGUUUCGUCGACAGAUUUCAGUCAUUUCAAUCCCAGCGCAGGGGUUAAUUACGAAUGGAAUCCUAACAAGGAUACAUAUUUGAGAGCGCAAACUGAACUCCAACAAUUACCCACUGGCCGAAUGGAGCCCAGCUUUGGAGCCCAAUUCGGGAUGAGAUUCCGUCGCUCACCUCAAGGAGAAGUCGACGCGUCGGUAGUUAAACCUGGAGAGGGACCAGCACAAGUUAAUUUAGAUUACAAUCAAAAACUUUUCACCGAUGACACAUCGAGUCUCAGCGCCCAUGGACGAGUUUCGUCCACUGAUUUCAGUCAUUUCAAUCCCAGCGCAGGAGUUAAUUACGAAUGGAAUCCUAACAAGGAUACAUAUUUAAGAGCGCAAACUGAACUCCAACGAUUACCCACCGGCCGGAUGGAGCCCAGCUUUGGAGCCCAAUUCGGGAUGAGAUUCCGACGUGAAAUUGAAGACCAACAACCUGAAGAAUAAUUUAUUUUCUAUUUAACCAAUAAAUAUUAUUUAUUUUUUGUAUCAAUAAAUUAUUCAAAUAAAAUACUCAAAUUUCGUAAGAAAUAAUCUAAUUGUCUGCAUUCACGUGUUUCAAUCAUCGAACCUCUUCCACAAAAUACUAAUCCAGUUUUUUCACGUCAAUUUAAAAUAUAUGCAUAAAUUAUUUUACAAUCAAUAUUGUCAAUUUUGAUAUAUUAAUUACAAUUAAUUGAAUACAAAUAAUUUACUUAAUAAUAAUUUAGUUUCUAUAGAGACGAAUACUUGAAAAAUGUCAUUUUUUAUACUUAAUUAUUAUGGUGACUGUUAAUUAUUAAAAAAAUAUAUGUAAAAUAAUUUUCUUAUUCAAUAAAAUAUAUUAAUAAACAA